GACAGCAGAAAUCAAACGCAAGUACACCGGCGAGAGGAAAGAAAGGGACCCUGCCUUCACUUGGAUCCCAAGAAAGGAUUUGGGUCGCAUAUUUGAUAAAAUAGCUGUCCAGAGGUGCCCCUGGUGGCUCCCCUUGCUUACAGCCAAAGCCCCCCCCCCUUACCCCCUGCCCUGUCAAGAAGAGGCACCCCUCCCCUCCCCCCACCUUCCCUCCUCUCCCUCUUCCCUCCUCGUCCUUCUCUGCAGUAAGUGCCCUCCCCUCCCCCCUCCUCUGCCAAGCUGUCGGACAUGCCAGGACCCGUGCCGAGUCGGGCCCGCGUGUACACAGAUGUCAACACACACCGGCCCAGGGAGUACUGGGACUACGAGUCCCAUGUGGUGGAAUGGGGAAAUCAAGAUGACUUCCAGUUGGUGCGGAAGCUGGGACGCGGGAAGUACAGUGAAGUGUUUGAAGCAGUCAACAUCACCAACAACGAGAAGGUUGUGGUGAAAAUACUCAAGCCCGUAAAAAAGAAGAAAAUCAAGCGUGAAAUUAAGAUCCUGGAGAACCUCCGCGGAGGCCCUAACAUCAUCUCCCUCAUAGACAUCGUCAAAGACCCAGUGUCUCGGACACCCGCCUUGGUCUUUGAACAUGUCAACAACACUGACUUCAAGCAAUUGUACCAGACCCUAACAGACUAUGACAUCCGGUUCUACAUGUUUGAGAUCCUCAAGGCCCUGGACUACUGCCACAGCAUGGGAAUCAUGCACAGGGACGUGAAACCCCACAACGUGAUGAUUGAUCACGAACACCGCAAGCUGCGCCUUAUUGACUGGGGUCUGGCUGAGUUCUACCACCCAGGACAGGAGUACAAUGUCCGAGUGGCUUCUCGCUACUUCAAAGGACCCGAGCUUCUGGUUGACUAUCAGAUGUAUGACUACAGUCUGGACAUGUGGAGCUUGGGCUGCAUGUUGGCCAGCAUGAUCUUCAGGAAGGAGCCUUUCUUCCACGGCCACGACAACUACGACCAGUUGGUGAGAAUAGCCAAGGUGUUGGGAACGGAAGACCUGUAUGACUACAUCGACAAGUACAACAUUGAGCUGGAGCCUCGGUUCAAUGACAUUCUGGGAAGACACUCUCGUAAGCGGUGGGAGCGCUUCGUCCACAGUGAGAACCAGCACCUGGUCAGCCCCGAGGGCCUGGACUUCCUGGACAAGCUGCUGCGCUAUGACCAUCAGGCCCGGCUGACCGCCCGUGAGGCCAUGGAUCACCCUUACUACUAUCCCAUUGUGAAAGACCAGGGUCGCAUGCCGGGGUCGGCUAACCUGCCCAGCGGAAAUACAGCCACAAGCACAGCCAACAUGAUCACUGGUAUCUCUGCCUUGCCAGCUGCUACUGCCCUGGGCAACCUCACCGGCUCGCCCGUCCUCUCUGCUGCCACCAACGCCCUGAGCACCCCUGUGCCCGCUGCCGCUAGUGCCCCCCAGUGAUGGCAACCUAUGGCUGCCACUCAUGCAGGCACGCACCAACAUCUCUUACUCACUUAUUCACUCGGUCCGACUGCCCUUAGAUCCAGGAAUGCCAACCUCUGAAGGCUUUCUCGCCUGAACAAUGUUUAUUUGUUUCUCCUUUAAUGAACUUGAGUUAACCUGACAUGAAAUGAAUGUUCUGUGUAAUUGACACAUGCAGGUAUUUAUUUCAUCUUGAUGACUGGGGCUGUGUGUGGCUAUGUCCACAGUCCGAGAAUGAGUCACGAAUCCAAGGGUGAUGUGGGUUCCUCCCCCCAACACGUUUUUUUGUUGUACAUUACUGACAAGUAGUUAGUGGAAGAUAACAGGAAAGGCAUGGUAGCAUUCAGACCAAAAGGAGCAGUCUGCAGUUUACCAAUGCAACCUUGUCAAACGAGCGCUGGCGAGCACACCUUAAACAAUUCCCAGAUUUAGUCCAGUCUGCUACUCUAUACCACCAUUAUGAAAGACUUCCCCACAGUAUUUGGAAGUGUUUGGUGCUGUUCUGUGCUCCAGUCGUGUGUUGAAAAACUGAAGCUUCCUCACUCAACGUAUCCAAAUGACACUUCAACACUUCAGCCUGAAUAGUAUGUCUUGCCUUUCUACCGUACUGGAUACCUAGUUUUCUUUUUGAUGUAAGGGUUCCCUGACAGUUUUCCUUUUUUGUACUGAAAUGCUGUGGUAUGCUGGAUGGGUUUAAUUUACAGUGGCAAUGGUUUGAAUGCAGUAUUGUCAUUCGAUCCCUUCGAAAGCCAGGCAAAGCCAUCCGUUUGGUUAUUUUGAAAAGUUUAUCUCAAACUUGCUGCUGUCCAGUUCCUUGAAUUAAUUAAAGUCGUAAAAAACUGUUUCCUCAAUCGCUAGAAAAAGAGGAGAUUGACCAAACCUUUUUUGUUUUCUCUGGGAGAGUUAGAGUUAUAUGUGGAGAAAAUAUGGACGGUGUUAGGUGUAAGAUCACAACUGAAUAUGAAGGCACCGGAGUCCUGGUUAAGUUGGCUUGAAAUGUAUUUGUAUCCAUCUGCUGUUAGUACCUGAGAAAAGUGGUUUUCUUUUUGUAUUUAGUUUGUUUCGGGGCUAGGUUUCUUGGAUCGAUCACCAUGUAUUGAACUUGAAGGGGUUGAAUUUUCCCUGCGUUUUAGUGCCAGAAAUGGGAAUCCUGUGUUAGUAUAGACUCUGCUGUACAUAUGCAUACUUUUUUCAUUGGAGAUCUCAACAUAUGAAAAAUACAUGCAUACAUCGACAUAAUAAAGUUGAGUCCUUACAUCACUGUAUAUAUUUUUAUGUCCUUAUGUAGAAGACUAGUAUUUGAAAAUAUUUGUGUAAAUAAACACGUGUUUUAUUUAUCAAGUAAA